CGUAGAUUGAGUAGGGUCGAGUUCACAAUCUUCUGAUUAAAUCUGCUUAGGGUAGUCAUUUUCUCGGGCGGGCGGUGCAGAGUCCAGUCCCGUUAAAUGCCCUCAAGAGUCAAGGCGCUAAUAAAGCAACAUGCCGCCCACAUGCACCCUCCGGCAACACCUCGACACACGUGUCCAUGGAAGAUGGCACGUUCGACCCCGAGCGCUGCGCCGCGCUACACAACCAAAUUCUCCAGAGAGCCAUAGCGCAGAGCCCGCACGAGUUGACUGGGGGCGAUCACGGUAUCCGCCGGGAUCUCGUCAGACGCAUGCGCGAGCGCGCACCGGCAUGCGCCUCAUGGAUCCUUGACACGGAUCGCGACAUUGAUACGUCCGAUGAUAAUGGUGAAGAAGACCAUGUCGACGACGGUGAUGGCCACGACGGUGAGAAUGAUGCACGCGACGCAACGCCACUGGAGCAGCGCAGGAUCUAUCGCUUCUUCUCUCAGCUCGAUAGGUUCCAACCCGAUAGCUUGCCUCUUACCCCUGAGUUCCGUCAGCCCGACCCGCGGAGUAUGGACGUGAACGACACUGUAUUCGGCGAGUUGGAUGAUCGCGAGAUUAUCUUACUCUACCCGGACAACCUCACCGAUACCUUUAUGGACGGCGGGCUCUACGUAGAGCUACAAACCUUUUAUGCUACAACCUGGCGGCUCGAUAUAUCGAAGCUGCCGCCUGAUGAAUCGCCGUCGUGGCUUCCUCUCGAGGUCAUCCUAGUGAAAAUGCUCGAGAUGUGGGAUCGAGGUAAAUUCUGUUGGGAUCCAUGGAGCAAUACGGUAGAUUUCGUGCCUUGGGUAGCGCGAGAUCUCGACGACGCUCUCGAAGCGUGGGACGACCUCCUUGUCGCUAUCACGGAGAGAAUGCCCGGUUUAUCCCCAUCUACCGAGAAGGAGCCAAUGCUCCCGGCCGAUCUUGUCGAGGAAUACGAGAUCAGCCCCUUUGGCAAAGCAUUCCUCUCUCGCGCCUCGCGACCUCGUUUUCGAUUCGUCGCACCGGGACUUACGACAUUCACACCCGAUACCUUUUUAGCCCUUAUGAACGCCGAAGACGACGCCUCUCCGCGUCGUAAGUUCAAUGCUUCGGCUCCGGAGGGUAGCGAUAUGUUCGCGUCCUGCCUCCUCCCGUCGGUAACUAAUACCGUACCGGCGACACCUGAGGAUCCGACCUUUGACCGUGACUGGGGCGUGGGUAAAUUCACUAUUGCCCGCAGACCGGGCCUCUAUGUGCAGGGCCACGAGUUCGCUGACGGAACGCUCUUGAUUACGGACCGAGGUAUAGCGGACACUUGGUCCUUUACGGUGAGAAGACCUUGGGGCGAUGCGAGGCCGCUGAGACUCGUAGAGAUGCUCGACGCGUGGACCGAUUGUGUAAAGAGCGGGACGUGGGAUGUGGGCGAGGAGGGCGUGACUAUGUCGAAUGCCUGGUUCGCGGACCCUCAGACGAAGGACGAAAGGACGCUACCGUGGAUGAUGCACUUUCCAUGAGGGAUCUACCCUUAACUCGUUACUAUCAUAGAUCAAGGGGACA